GUCCACUUGCAAUUCAUGCAGCCUUUCUCGAGUCAUCCAGGUAAACGCGAUCGAUUGGUCGAGACUGCGCAGGUGGUGUAGGAAGUGAAGUUCAGAGGCCACAUCUGUUGGGAGUCAACAACACACACAAGAAAGACGGGGACACCUUCCCCCUGCUCCUCUUCCUCUCUACCCCACCGGAGCUGUUUUGUGGCGACACGAGGACCCCUCCGUCCACCAGCUCCAUCUUUUCUGCCGCGUCCAACUUUUUCCCACCGGGGCGUUUUCGGGAAUAUCGCCGAACGUUUCCUGAAUCGUCCGAUCGAGGCCGUGGCACGUACCUGCCCGCCGCUCCUUUAUCUCGCCGCUUUCGCUUUCUCCGCGCUCCCUCCAUCCAGAGCCGCCCCCCUACCCUCCACAGGUCAUGUAGGGGAGUCUUGUCGCUGUGUGGUUAAAGGCUGAGCGACAGAUGGACCCAGGAGGAGACCCUGUCGGUGAAUGCAGCACCGCGUGCCCGCGCACAGGUGCACGCGCCACCAUGUUGCUUCAAGCGCUCGUGCUCCUCCAGCUGCUGUCAUGUGGAGAUCUGGCCUGCACGAGGAGGCUGCUCGCCACACAAGACCAGGACCAAGAAGUGUUCGCAGAUGAGGGGGACGCCCACUCGUUCCUGGGUCGCCAGCUGCUGUUCAAUCGGUUCGACUUUGAGAUUUUCGUCCCCGGUAACCUGGAGAGGGAGUGUCAUGAAGAAGACUGCAACUACGAGGAGGCAAGGGAGGUGUUUGAGAACAUCCCGGAUACAGACGCUUUUUGGAAGAAGUACAACGAUGCUAAGGACAAUCGCCCGAACGUGGAUGUGACGUCUCUCCUGGUGGGCCUGAUUAUUGCUGGAGUGGCCGUUGUUGUCAUCGGCCUCCUGCUUUGGUAUUUCUGCCAUGGCAAAUGUAAAGAUAGUUUCAGCCCGUCAAGUUCCAUACGGGUUCGCACUGGGAGGACUAACGCUUCUCUAAUAAUGCGCCGGCUAGAGGAGGCGUCCCUAAACCCUGUGCAGCCACCUGGGCCACCACUCCCUAUGGAGGUGAUCGUCCCCCCCGGGCUGCCUUCCUACGAGCAGGCAAUUGCAAAAAGUGGACAGCACGACGCCCCACCUCCUCCCUAUCCUGGGUCACGCCCUGGAAGCAUCCGGCGGUAGUACCUUCAGGAAUCAAAAGCAAUACAAUACAACUAUCAUUCUCAAAUGUUUUAAUCAUCACAAGAUUUUAAAUGGUGCCUUAUGCCCUUUGUUAAUUGCUCUGAUUAACCUGUGUUUUUCUACUCACACACACACCUUGGAAGUGCAAUCUUCUCUCUUUUUGACAUACUAUUUCCUCAGCUGUGGGUUCAGUCACAUAACCUCUACCCUCUGCCGAAUGAGCUUUAUAACACAUUUUACUCAGUUUGCUGCUGUAUUUGUCAAAAUGAAAAGGAAGAAUCAGUACAGUGUUGGACAUGAGUGCUUUAAAUUGAGGGAAUACUUGUUCUCUUAAAGGGUGGUUGUUUGCGAUACAAGAUUCUGAGCGAAAGACAAGGGUUUGGUUUCAUUACACUAAGUAUUAAUGGUAAUCACUGAGAAAGACUGGUGUGUUGUCAUAUGGUUUCCUGUCUCUUUGUGAAGGAAAAUUAAAACAUGGUGUCAUGGUUCACUUGAAUGAAAAAAAACAGAUUUUUUUUUAAAGUUUACUUUAAUUAUAGCUGUGUAUCAACAAAUGUUUUAGUUAGAUUUUUUUUUUUCAUGUGCUGAUUUUUUGUUCCUUUAUAAAUUUAUAAUGUGUCGGAAAUUUAUAUAAUUAUGAGACUGCUCUACUAAUAUGUGAAGGUUUUAAUUUCAUGAUCUGUCUUGUGGUUGGUUUUAAUAAAUGUAUUAUGAACUCUUCAGAGAUGGUUUUAUAACAUUUCCUCAGGACAAUUUUUACAGUAAGACCAUUUUUGCUGUGAUUACAAGAUAGUAUCACUUAGAACAGAUGUUCAGCAUGUGUGUAACAAAGCCACUCAAUUAGCUGUAGCUGGAAUGAGUCAUUUUAAUUACACAAUGCAGAAAUAUGAGGUUAUGCUCACCUUCACCAAAGUCUCAUCAUGACAUGAGGAUUUGCCGAAGCCUCGUUGGUUUAGGCUGACCCAAAGCCCAAAAAAAAGUCUUUUCCAGAUGUUUUUCGUCUCAUCUGCCAACUGUAUGUGAGAUUGUCAAUGUGUGUGUGCAAGCUGAAGAGAGCUGUAUGUGGCUAUUUACACAUUUUGUAAUUUUCAGGAUUUUCUCAUCCACAUUAGAUAAAACGUGGUUUAUUCUUCAACUGUAAACUGUGCAAACUGGAACGCUGAUGUUGACAUGAUCCUGGAAGUAUAAUGAGUUUACACCGAAGCAACCUUCCUAUGUCACUUUUCUUUUGUGUGAACAUUGACUCGUAGAGGUUUUCAUAUCAGAUUUGAACACAUCUGUAUGUAAAAUGUUUACGGUUGUCGUUAAAAUGAUUGAGGACUAUGUUCACAUGUUUCAACAGCUUCACGUGAGAUGCACAAUUUUAACUGGGUUGAAAUAAAUAAUCAAUAAAUCUUAUUUUUAAAGUCAAAAUGUAUGUCCUGAAUUGUCUGACAAGGACACGGUGAUGUUAGGAUGACAUUUCUUUUGGUCUCUUCUUUAAUCAAAAUUCUUGUAACACACAAAUAAAAUGCAUUAAAGAAAUAUCAGCAGCUGCAGGCCAAAGGAUUUUAAACCCCAUAUCAAGAUUUUGGAUACUGUUUGAACGCUUGUGUGAAUACCAAUACUGAGAAAUUGACAUGUUUACCUCUAUUUAUUAUCGAGGAUGGCAAACGGUUACCAAAAUAAAGUGUAGCUGCUGAUUAUUUUCAGUCAUUUCAGGGUCUCACAAAGUGGAACAGCUAUCAACUAUUCUACACAUUUCUAAAGAAGGGCCUGUAAAAAAUUAGUUCAUUUGCCUGUUUAUUUUUAUUAUUGAUUUAUUCAUCAGGGUUUGGGCCGGAUUGUAUGACCAAAAAUUAUAUCAAGAUAAAAAAAACAAAUAAAUGAUUCUACAAAGUUGAA